AUGUUAUCUGCUGCUCGUACUGCUGCUUUACGUACAAUUCCAAGAGUUGCUUUGAAUGCCUCUAAAUUUGCAAGACCUGCUGCUGUCUUAGCUGCUAGAAGAGCCUAUGCUACUGCUAAGGCUCAACCAACCGAAGUCUCAUCCAUCUUAGAAGAAAGAAUCAGAGGUGUCUCUGAAGAAGCUAACUUAGAUGAAACUGGUAGAGUUUUGGCUGUUGGUGAUGGUAUUGCCAGAGUUUUCGGUUUGAACAACAUUCAAGCUGAAGAAUUAGUCGAAUUCUCUUCUGGUGUUAAAGGUAUGGCUUUAAACUUGGAACCAGGUCAAGUCGGUAUUGUCUUGUUCGGUUCUGAUAGAUUAGUUAAAGAAGGUGAAAUCGUCAAGAGAACUGGUAAGAUUGUCGAUGUCCCAGUUGGUCCAGGUUUGUUGGGUAGAGUCGUCGAUGCUUUGGGUAACCCAAUCGAUGGUAAAGGUCCAAUUAAAGCUGCUGGUUACACCAGAGCUCAAGUUAAGGCACCAGGUAUUUUGCCAAGAAGAUCCGUCCACGAACCUGUCCAAACCGGUUUGAAGGCUGUCGAUGCUUUGGUUCCAAUUGGUAGAGGUCAAAGAGAAUUGAUCAUUGGUGAUCGUCAAACUGGUAAGACUGCCGUCGCUUUAGAUGCCAUCUUAAACCAAAAGAGAUGGAACAGUGGUUCUGAUGAAAAGAAGAAGUUGUACUGUGUUUACGUCGCUAUUGGUCAAAAGAGAUCUACCGUUGCUCAAUUAGUUCAAACUUUAGAACAACACGAUGCUUUGAAAUAUUCCAUCAUUGUUGCUGCUACUGCUUCUGAAGCUGCUCCAUUACAAUAUUUGGCUCCUUUCACUGCUGCUUCCAUCGGUGAAUGGUUCAGAGACAAUGGUAGACACUCUUUGAUUGUCUAUGACGAUUUAUCCAAACAAGCUGUUGCUUACCGUCAAUUGUCUCUAUUAUUGAGACGUCCACCAGGUCGUGAAGCUUACCCAGGUGAUGUUUUCUACUUGCAUUCUAGAUUAUUAGAAAGAGCUGCUAAGAUGUCCGACAAAGAAGGUGGUGGUUCUAUGACCGCUUUACCAGUCAUUGAAACUCAAGGUGGUGAUGUUUCUGCUUAUAUUCCAACCAAUGUCAUUUCCAUUACUGAUGGUCAAAUCUUCUUGGAAGCUGAAUUAUUUUACAAGGGUAUUAGACCAGCCAUUAAUGUCGGUUUAUCCGUCUCUCGUGUCGGUUCUGCCGCUCAAGUUAAAGCUUUGAAGCAAGUCGCCGGUUCUUUGAAAUUAUUCUUGGCCCAAUACAGAGAAGUUGCUGCUUUCGCUCAAUUCGGUUCCGAUUUAGAUGCUUCUACAAAGCAAACUUUAGUUAGAGGUGAAAGAUUAACUCAAUUGUUGAAGCAAAGUCAAUACUCUCCAUUGGCCGCUGAAGAACAAGUCCCAUUGAUCUAUGCUGGUGUUAACGGUUACCUAGAUAACGUUGAAUUGUCAAGAGUUGGUGAAUUCGAAGCUGCUUUCUUAGCUUACUUGAAAUCUAACCACCAAGAAAUCUUGAACACCAUUAGAGACAAGGGUGAAUUAAAUAAGGAAUUAUUGGCUUCUUUGAAGACUGCCACCGAAUCCUUCGUCUCCACCUUCUAA